UGUGAAGACGCCAAAAUGGCGGCCAGUAACUACUACGGGUUUGCAGCCGGUGCCGUCGCCGGCCCUCAAUACAGGUAUGAGGGAGGCGACCACCCGAAAAUCAGGAGGCCAGGAGGAGGGGCUUAAGAGGCUCACCCAGUGCCCAGCCUGCUCCAGCUUAUACUCACCCACCCACAGUAGCAAGCUACACAAUCCAGCAGACACCAGGGGUGGACCACACCAUGGCCCCCGCCUAUGCUCCGGCUACGCAGGCUGCCAGACCCAUGGCCUCGGCAGCAUAUGGAGGCUACCAGGCGCACGCCGCACAGGACUAUGGCUACGGGGCGCGGCAGCCGGAGCCCACUCCUCAGCUUUCUGCAGCACAGAACUACCAGGAUGGCUACAGUUAUGGCCGUUCCCCGUCCGCGAGCAGCUACGAGACCAAACCCUACUACCCGGCGGUGGUCACGCAGUCCCAGCAUCCUGCCACGGACUCAUAUUACCACUCAAACUCGCAGAGCACCUACAGCCAGCCGACGGCGGUGUAUGGCCAAAGCCAGCCCCAGAGGCAAGUGACUCCCAUUAAACCGGUACAGACUGUGAACGCUCCGUUGUCCGCCUACAGCACAUACCCGACGGUGACGACGGGCCAGCAGAAUACCUCCGCGUCCUCCAUCCACUCCUACACUCCUUCCUCCUCCUCAUACAACUCUUCUUCGUACAACACCUCUGCUGUUUCUUACUCUGGUUCCAGCUACUCCACGUACGACGCAGCUGCUGGGUACCCAGCGGCCAACGCUUCCUACUAUCAGCCCGCCCAGCAGCCUCUCGUGCAGCAGCAGCAUCAGCAGCCGCCUCCCCAGCAGCAGCCCCCCCCAGCGCAGCCGCCAAAGCCUCUGCAGGGCUCUCUGUGGAGCAGUGGCAGCAACCCUGUCCCGAGCGGCGGCUACAGCAAGAAGCCACUAUUUCCCCCCAAGCUGCUGAAACCCAAAGGGCCUCCCAAACAGCCUCAGCUCCACUACUGCGAGAUCUGCAAGAUCAGCUGUGCCGGCCCCCAGACUUAUCGGGAGCAUUUAGAAGGACAGAAGCACAAAAAGAAGGAGAUGGCACUGAAGACGGGGAACCAGGCGGCCGGCGGCCCUCGGGGGAUUCAGACCCAGCUCUUUUGCGAGCUCUGCGAUGUGUCCUGCACCGGAGCAGAUGCUUACGCAGCCCACAUCCGAGGAGCCAAGCACCAGAAGGUUGUGAAGCUGCACACAAAACUGGGGAAGCCCAUCCCAUCCAUCGAGCCCGUGGUGGUCAACUCCUCGUCGGGCCCCGCCAACGGCUCAGCCAGCAAACAAACGCUCCACGCCACCACACUGGCCAAGCAAGCCCCAGGGAUAACGAACAGCGCGCUCGGCUCAAACAAGGCGUCGCCAGCAAAGAAACCUGUCGCUGUAACCAAGCUGACGUUUACAGGAGCCAGCAAGCUGCAGGGGACCCCUGCGAAACAGGAAGCAGCGGCGAGAGCCACAUCUCCCAAAGUGGGGCUUCCGGUGGAACAGCUGCAGCUGGAUGGGGACAGCCCGGGAGAGCUGCUUGAUGUGCAUCCCGUCGGUUAUGAUUAUGUGGAAGAGGUGCACAACGAAGAAGGGAAGAUGAUCCGUUUCCAUUGCAAGCUUUGCGAGUGCAGCUUCAAUGACCCGAAUGCGAAGGACAUGCACCUGAAGGGGCGGCGGCACAGGAUCCAGUACAAGAAGAAGGUGAACCCCGACCUCCCCGUGGAGAUCAAGCCCAGCAACCGGCUCCGCAAGCUGCAUGAGGAGAAGUUGUUGAAGAAGCAGCAGCUGAGAGCCCUGGUGAAGAGGCGCCGGGAGGAAGAGCAGCGCUGGCAGCUGGAGAUGAGACGCUACGAAGAGGAGAUGUACUGGCGGAGAGUGGAGGAAGAGCAGCUGUACUGGGAGGAGCAGCGGCGUCGGCGUCUGGCUGCAGACUGGCGCCCCCCGCCCCUAAUGGGCAGGCCUGGGGUGCCAGUGCCUCCUCUCUUGCCCACCCGGCGGCCAGACUCUUCCAACGACCGGCACAUCAUGGCGAAGCACUCCAGCAUCUACCCGACGGAGGAAGAGCUACAGGCCAUUCAGACUGUGGUGUCGCACUCGGAGCGCGCCCUGAGGCUCGUCUCUGACUGGCUGACCGAACAAGAAUCGGGGAAAGAGGAAGGCGAUAAAGAGCCGGGGAAGACGGACGGCGUGCCCCGGGUGCUGAAGGGGGUCAUGCGAGUGGGCAUCCUGGCAAAAGGGCUGCUCCUUCGUGGGGACAGGAAUGUGCACCUCAUCCUGUUGUCUGCCCAGAAGCCGACGUUGACGCUCCUCCGGAGCAUUGCAGAGCAGCUGCCUGAGCAUCUGGGGAAGGUGACCAAGGAUAGUUAUGAAGUCGUGUCCAACGUGGAGGAAGCCAGUAUCGUCAUUGGCUCGACCAAGGAGCCCAAAAUGCAGGUGACGGUGUCUCUCACCUCUCCACUGGUGAGAGAAGAAGCUCCCGCUGCAGACGCAGAGGCCUCGCCAGAACCUCAGCUCGAGUCGUCCGAUUUCUUGGAUAAGCAGAAGUGCCUGGAGUCACUAGCUGCUCUUCGCCACGCCAAAUGGUUCCAGGCCCGAGCGAACGGCCUGCAGUCCUGUGUGAUCAUCAUCCGGGUGUUGCGGGACCUGUGCCAGCGUGUGCCAACAUGGGGUGCUCUUCCGGAUUGGGCUAUGGAGCUCCUGGUCGAAAGGGCUCUGAGCAGCACUGCGGGGCCGUUGGGUCCUGGCGAGGCCAUCCGGCGCGUCCUGGAGUGCAUCGCCACUGGAAUGCUCCUGUCAGAUGGCCCCGGGCUUCAAGACCCCUGUGAGAAAGAGGCGACCGACGUCUUGCAGAGCAUGAGCCAGCAGUCGCGGGAGGAUAUCACGGCCAGCAGCCAGCAUGCCCUGCGGAUGCUGGCAUUCCGCCAGAUCCACAAAGUGCUCGGCAUGGAGCCCUUGCCGCUGUCCAAAAGCAGGCUUGCCGUGCACGGCCGGAAGAGGCGACUGGACACGGACGAGGAGACGGCGGGCGAAGGGGACGGGAAGAAGGACAAGAAAGAGGAUGAGGACGACAAGGCCUGACCACCGUUGCAGGACUGGCUAAGCCAACGUUGACAUGACUUUGCUUUUUAUAUAUAUAAAUAUAUAUAUAAAAAUAUAAUGUUGCUGUUUAGUCUACAAUUCGGUAAAUUCGAGUGUUUUCUCUCCUUCCGCCCCCACCCCGACACCUUGGAACAGCAUACUGUAGAUUUUGUUUUACUGUGUUUGAAUCAUUAAAGGGAUUCCAUCAUGCCACAAA